AUGCGGACGUCAGCUCUUCUCACCAUCGUCCUUGCGACAAUUGUAUCCGCCCACAGUGUAAUCACCUAUCCGGGCUGGCGUGGCAACAACCUCAUCACCAACGAGACCUUUCCCUAUGGCAUGCAAUGGAUAUAUCCAUGUGGCGGUCACAAUGUUACGACAAACCGCACAUACUGGCCCACGACAGGCGGUGCCAUUGCUUUCCAGCCCGGCUGGUUCCGUGGCCACGAGACAGCAUUUGCCUACAUCAACAUGGGUUUCGGCGACGACGGUCCAGACGGUGGCCCUGCAAACAUGACUCUCCCCAUGGUUCCCAUGUUCCAGAUCCUCGGUCCCACCAACAAUCCAUUCCCUGGAACCAUCUGCCUUCCUCAGGUGCCUCUACCAAAGAACACAACAGUCAAGGCCGGAGACAAGGCGACAAUUCAAGUUGUUGAACUCGCUGUCCACGGCGCAGCUCUCUACUCUUGCGUCGAUAUCAUCUUCGCAGAACCUGGUGACAAGAACCUCAAAGAGGUAAAUGAGACCAACUGCUUCAAUUCGACCGACAUCGGCUUCGCCGAGAUAUACACCAUCACAACCAAGGAAUCCGGCUCAGACGAAUACGUGAGCGAAUCCGGCGCCACCCUGGCCUUCCGCCAAUUGGGCUGGAUGCCCUUGGUGGCAGCUGGUUUCUGGGCUUUUCUGCUAGCGUGA